AAACUGUCAAACGAUGUAAACAUUGCGGCGUAAUGUUGUUGGCAGUGAUAAAACAGAACUUUGCCCUGUUUUCGAGGAUCUACGCGACGAGCAUCUCCAGCAAAAGUCUCCUACACCCGCUCACCAAGAAAUGAAUAUGUCACGAAGGCUCGAUGUAAUUAUCUUUGGAGCUAGCGGCUUCACCGGCAAGUAUGCUGUGCUGGAAAGCAUCAAACUGUUGUCCAACAUGAAGUGGGGCGUUGCGGGUCGCAACCAAAACAAGCUACAGGAAAUACUGAAGGAGGUGGGCGAUAAGGCCAAAACGGAUCUAUCGCACGUACCGAUCGUGCUGGCCGAUGUAAGCAAUCAGGAUUCGCUGCUAAAUAUGGCCCGCGAUUGCCGGGUGGUGGUGAACUGUUGCGGCCCAUACCGGUUGUACGGUGAGCCGGUCCUUAAGGCAUGCCUAGCCGAACGUACGCAUCACGUCGAUGUGAGCGGUGAACCACAGUUCUUGGAAGGAAUGCAGCUCAAGUACCACGAAGCGGCUAAGGAGAAAGGAAUUUAUCUAAUAUCCGCCUGCGGGUUCGACAGCAUUCCGGCCGACAUGGGUACGGUGUUUUUGGAGCAACAGUUUGACGGGGUCGUUAAUUCGGUGGAGAGCUACAUCGUGUCGAAGCAGACGGGACGCCGUGAGCUGGGCGCUAUCCAUUAUGGCACGUGGGCAUCGGCGGUCCACGCUGUUGCCAAUAUGAACGAGGUGGGAGAAAUUCGUCGGAAGUUGUUUGCAAAGAAAAUGCCCGACGUUAAGCCGAAGCUGGCGGAACGGCCGGUUCUUCAUCGGUCGGACAAUGGGAACAAGUGGUCGCUACCGUUCCAGGGUGCGGAUCGGUCGUGUGUUGCCCGUACGCAACGGUUUUUCUACGAAACGGAAAACAAGCGGCCGCUUCAGAUGAGGGCGUACAUAUCGUUCGGAGGACUUGCUGAAGUGCUGGCCGUAUCAUUUGUCGGCGCUAUCUUUUGGUUGAUGGUGAAAACCAAUUUCGGUAGACAGCUGCUGCUGAACCAUCCACGCCUGUUUUCCUUGGGCAUGGUGUCUCAUGAGGGUCCGAGCGAUGAGGCGAUGAACAACACCCAGUUUGCGCUUUACUUUGAGGGUAAAGGAUGGGAGGAAAAGCUUGCCAGUCCUGAGGAUAAGUAUACGACUCCUCCGAACAAAGUUAUUCGUACAAAGGUUGCCGGAACAAAUCCGGGGUACGGGGCUACCUGUGUUGCACUGGUGCUGUGCGCCCGUACAAUCCUGGACGAGGCCGACAAGAUGCCGGGAAAUGGCGGCUACCUAACGCCCGGUGCAGCAUUCGCAAAGACGAAUUUAAUCAACGAGCUGUGCAAGAACGGUUUCACGUUCGAAGUGCUGUCGACAGCAAAGCUGUGAAAACGCUCUAGUAAGCAACAUAGGCACAAAGGGGCAAAUUAAGGGCAAUGUAAGCAUUUAAGACAACAUAUUACCUCUCUUAGUGGGUUUUCAAUGGUGAAAAAUAAAUAAAGAAUAGUUUGGUGUUA